CAGAAUCCUAACACCAGGGACCACUCUUCUCUGCUCACAAUGAGAAAGGUCAAUCAUUGCACAUCAGCUCCUCUCCAAGAUCAGUGCUGGCUUUGAAUGUUUUGUGUGACAGUGACCAGAACAGUACAAGAGCAAUUUAAACAGUCUGGAGAUGUAGCUGCAGGAUACGGCUGACAGGAUAACCCUACACACUGCUUCACAGUACCCUGUAACGAGCAGGAGGCAUACCUUCUAAAACAGGGUUUUCCUGUGGUAUAGUGACGAGAAGCUGUUUUGUGAAGUUGCUACUGACAGAGGUUAGGAAAAUAGGCUGGAGCUGAGCCACACUUCCACAGGAAAGCUAGGGGCACUCCACUUUCAGAGUGCUUCCGCGUAGAUCCCAAUUUAAAAAGCAAAAAGCAUUUGAUGCCAGUUUAGUGUGCACACCUGCUAUCCUAGCACCAGGAGGCAGAGUCAGGAAGAUCUCCAGCUCAAGACUGGACUGUGCUACAUAAUGAGUUCAAGACCAGCCUGGGAUAUAUAUCCGGACGCUGACUUGGAGACCCAUUCCAAGAAACACGACAUAAAAAUGUUUCAAGACCUUUUCCCCCCAGAGAGCACUUGGAACAGUGUCUUCCCCGGGGGCUUCUCGAUCUGCUUUGCCAUGGUGCCAGUGAUGGGAGAGGUAGCUUGAAGUGGAGGGUGCUUAGCAGCCUAAGGCGGAACCAGCCACUUAGUGUGCUGUCACUUAUUGGCUAGCCAAAAGGACCUUGACCAACCGGGAACUGCCUGGUCGUCAUGGCAACAAGACACGCUAACGCUAGUGUCCUGGGAAGCUGGCUUUCUGACUGAGCAGCGACGAUGGCGGCGCAGAACUUGUACGGCCCUGGAGUCCGGAUGGGCAACUGGAAUGAAGAUGUCUAUCUGGAGGAGGAGCGCAUGAGAGAUUUCCUAGACAAGAGGGAGAAGGGAGAACUUCUUAUACAGAGGAACAGAAGGCUGAAAAAGAACAUCUUGAGACCGAUGGAGCUUUCGGUAACCGAAGAUGGAUUUGCCCACUAUGGCGAUAAAGUGAUCCUUGUGAAUCCUGACCACCCCCAGGGGGAGGAAGCUGGCUUAUUUCAGGAAGGAGACCUGAGCCUGUGCAUGAGCCCAGAUGAAGUUAAAGCCCAGAUAUGUGAUGAACUGGAAGUGCCCUGUGGUGUGAGUGCUGUGCAGACCAUCACCCCAAUGGGCAGGAACACCUUCACCAUUCUGAGGGACAGCACAAGCAGCGAUGCUGUGGACCAAGUCCUUAGAUACGGGCAGAGCUUCUGCCUCGGGAUACCAGCAGGACUGGAAUGCAAGACGCUGUAUUUAUCAAGUGACCACAGGACCCUUCUGAAGUCUUCUAAGAAGUCCUGGCUCCAGGAGGUGAUUCUGACAGAUGAGGUCUCUCAUCUGAACUGCUGGCAGGCUAUCUUCCUUGAUCCCCAGCUGCGCCUAGAAUAUGAAGGCUUCCCAGUCAAGGCAAAUGAGAAAAUUAUCAUCUAUCAUCGCCACACAAACCGAGCCCUGGCGGCCCAUCGGCAUCUCUUCCUAAGGACCUAUUUUGGGAAGGAAGUUGAGGUUGCAGCUCACACGCAUCUGGAUUCACACAGAGUUGAAAAACCCAAGAACCACUGGAUGCUGGUUACCGGGAAUCCCAGGAACAGGUCGACCACCGUGCUGAACCUCCCCACACCUCCCUCGGAUGACACCCGUGCCGUGGAGCAGGUCAUGGGCAUCAAUACGUAGUGAUACAUCAGGCAGACAAGUGGCCUCUCAGGCCCUGCUCUCAUCAAUUAUAGGUUUUAGAAGAAAUGAGCAAUCUUGAUUGUGCCCCAAGCAGCUUUUUUCAGUAGGGUGCAGAACUCUAUUAACUGUAUUAAUAGAAAUACCGUAUUAAAAUUAUUGAACUAGUGAUGGGGGCCUACCUGUCAGGGGUAAAUAGAGUUUGAAAAUAAUAGUAUUUGAAGUGAGGUCGGCUUCUGUUGAUAUCCUAAUUGUGAAGAACUCAGUGCCUCCACAGAGUCCCUUGCUUAGCAGGCCUUGCAAGGUCAAUGCUCCUGUCCAAAGCUGUGUUUAUGUAAUA